AUGUAAUUAAAUUGGAUUUUAAUAAGGUUUCAUUCAAUAAACACCCUCAACAUUGUUUUGGGAUUGUUACUUUAUUUAUAGAAUAUCAAUUAAUUAGGAUCAUUGAUAUUAUUGGUGAUUAAUGGGAUGGUAUUUUUGACUGGAAUAUUGAUAUUGAAAAAACAAUUAAUAAAAAAGAGUCAUUUACAACAAUUAAUAAUUGUAAUAUUUAGCAUUCAAAUUUCCUACAGUUGUUUUCUAAAUCGUGAAUUAAAUGUGUAAAGUUAUUUAUUACUAAAAUUUUAAGAAGCUUAAAUUAUCAAAAAAUAAUAAAGAACAAUUAGUAUUAUUUGUCAUAUUGUUUACAAUUCAGUUUUAUUUUCGUUAUUAAUAAUUCACAAUGAGAAUGUAAUUUUAUACUUUUUAAUACUCUAUUGUACUUUAAUAAUGAUUUCUAAAAAUAAGUUGAAUUUAUAACAGUAAAUGCAAGAGUUUGAAUUACCUUCACAUUUAACAAAGCAAACACAAAGAAAUUCAGAAAUAAUAAAUUUAGUUCAAGAUACUAUAAGUAAUUAAUGGAUGAUUAGAUUACAAAAUAUUCCAGUAGGAAUUAUGAUAAUAAAAAAAGAGAAUUUAUAAAUAACAUUUAAAAAUUAAUCGCUUUUGCAAAUGUUCGAUGGUGUAAAGGAUGUUUAAUCUUAUUUAAUGAAUGAAAUGUAAUUUAAAUUAUAGAUAAAGAGGAAGAGAAAACAAGUGAGAGAAUCUAGUAUUAGAGUACCAAAAUAACAAAAUUUUUUAUAGAGCAAUGGUAUUCCUUAAUUUUAUAGCUCUCGUAAUAUAAUGAGUUUAUAAAAGAUAUCAAAUACUUUAAAAAGUAUUCUUGCAGAAUUAUAGAAUGGAAAUUUGGAUUAGUAUUUUUCAAAAGAGAAUCAUAUAGAAUUAAUAGGAUAAGUUUAGAAGAAUAAAGAAUCAGAGUUAAUAGAAGAUGAUAAUAUUCGUAAAAUUUAAUGUAAGAUAUUUUGUGGUUCAAAUGAUUAAGAAUUCCUAAUAAUAAUGGAUGAUAUAUCAUUACAAAGUUAUUUGCAAAAAUUGGAGACAAGAGAAAAAUUCUAAGUUCGUAUAAUAGAUUCAUUUUCUCAUGAAUUGAGAACUCCUUUAAAUAGUGCAAAAUUAUUUUUAGAUGCUCUACUAAAUGAUCCAAGAAUAAAUGAUUCUUAGAAAACUAAUUGCAUAUAACCAGCAGCAAAUGCUUUAAAGUUAUAAGCAUACUUAAUAAGAGAUAUAAUUGAUUUUACAUAAUAUCAUUCACAUAUCAUAAAGUAUAAUAUUGAAGAAUUUAAUUUUGAAAAUAUCAUAUAAGAGAUAAAUGAUAUUUUUAAGCCAAUAUGUUAAAUAAAGAACUUGGGAUUACAUAUAAAUGUAAAAAAUUCAGUUCCUACUUUGAUUCAUUCUGACUUUGAUAGAAUAAUGUAAAUAUUGGUGAAUGUAAUAUAAAAUUCAAUAAAAUAUUCUGAGAAAGGAUUAAUAACAUUGGAAAUAUCUAGUAAUGAUAAGAUGUUAACAUUUUGUAUAAAAGAUUAAGGAGUGGGUAUUCCAUCAUAUAGAUUGAAUAGAAUUUAAUAGUUUUUAAAUUAAUAUACAUAGAGUAGAGAUUUUAGUAGUUAAGAUGAAUGGGAAGGUUUUGGAUUAUUGGUUAGUUAGAUGAAUUUAUUGAAAUUGGCACCAUAGAAUAAAAGUUAAUUAAGAAUAUCCUCAUUAGGUGUAUAAUAAGGAUGUUAAGUGAUUUUUACGAUAAGAACAAUAUAAUCAGUAAAUUCAUAGUUGAUAAGAGGAAAUACCUAAUAAAGAAUGAGUUUGAAAGGUGCAUUUACUGUUCCUGAUUUAUGUAUGGGAAUAUAAGGAAUAUUGAUAGUGAAUAAUGCUAAUUAAGAGAAUAGUCUAUAACAAAUUCCAAUUCGAUAGUAAUAAUCGGUGGCAAAGUACUUUAAGGGUCAACAAUCAAGUGAAGGAUAGAAUUAAAGUAUUUGGGAGGAGACAGAUCUGAUAGAUGAAUAGGAUUAAGAAAAUAAUAGAAAUCCUGAGAAUAAUUUAUAAAAAUUAAAUAGCAUAAGUAGGAAGACAACUUUAAUAGUAACAAAUAUUGAUAUGAAAGAUAAAUAACCUAAAAGAAGAAAGUAGUCAUCAUUUAGUAUAUCAGAUUUAGAUGUAUCUUCUAAUAUGAGAUCAAAUAAUUUAAUAUCUAGAUUGAUACAAAGAGAAGAAAAAGAAAUGGAAAUGAAGGAACAAUUUCUAAAUCUUCGAUUUCGAUGUAAGUGUGCACGUAUUUUGAGUGUAGAUGAUGAUAUAUUUAAUUAGAAAGCAUUAUAAGUAAUAAUUAGUUAGAUGGGUUUUCGAUUGCAAAUCGUAUAUAAUUUGAUUAAAUUUAGGCAUACAAUGGAUAGUAAGCAAUUGAAAUAAUCUAGAAGACAGAUAAAUGUUCUGAAAGCUGUGAAUUAUUUUAUUUUAUAUUAAUGGAUUGUUAAAUGCCAAUUAUGGAUGGCUGGACAACUACAAAGCUUUUAAUGAACAUGAUAAGAUAAAAAAUCAUACCUGAUAUUCCUAUUAUUGGAUUAACAGCUUUUAAUUCGACUGAAGAUAUUAAUAAAUGUAUAGAUGUUGGAAUGAGAGAAGUAUUUACUAAACCUUUGAAUAUCACUUUACUUAAGUAAACAUUACUAAAAAUAAUCAAAUGA